AUGCGACUCCCCAUCUCCAUCUUUGUGUCGGUGUCACUGUUCACAGCCGAGACCACCGCCGCGCUGUACCUCAGCUCCACGUACCGUUCUGCGGGGGACAGGAUCUGGCAGGCGCUCACGCUCCUGUUCACACUGGUGCCCUCAGUGCUGGUCCAGCUCACCCUCACCUUCAUCCACAGAGACCUAAGCCGGGACAGACCCCUGGUGCUCCUGCUGCACAUCCUGCAGCUGGGACCCAUCGUCAGGUGUCUGGAAGCCUUCUGCAUCUAUGGCAGCGUGGGCCGCAUGGAGGAGCCCUAUGUCAGCAUCACCAGAAAGAAGCAGAUCCCGCGGCGAGGGCAGUCUGAGGAGGUGGAGCGGCAGGUGGGGCAGGCGGAGGGGAAACUCUUCACUCACAGAGCAGCCUUCGCCCGCACCUCUGUCAUCCAGGCCUUCCUCGGAUCUGCCCCCCAACUCACCCUCCAGCUCUACAUCUGCGUGCUGCAGCGAGGCAUGUCUAUUGGCAGAGGCACGUUAAUGGUGAUCAGCCUACUGUCUAUAGUUUAUGGAGCACUGCGCUGCAACAUCCUGGCCAUCAAGAUCAAGUAUGACGAGUAUGAGGUGGACGUGGGACCCUUUGCGUACGCGUGCAUCUUUCUGUGGAGGAGUUUUGAGAUCGCCACUCGUGUGGUGGUGCUGGUGCUGUUCAGCUCUGUGCUGCAGCUCUGGGUGCUCCCUGUGGUUUUGAUUAACUUCUUGGUCUUUUCUCUCUACCCUUGGAUCCUGUUCUGGCUGAGCCACUGUCCUUUCCCUGAGAAUAUUGAGAAAACUCUGUCCAGACUAGGAACCACCAUUGUGCUUUGUCUGCUCACCUUCCUCUAUGCAGGUAUCAACAUGUUCUGCUGGUCUGCAGUACAGGUUAAACUGAGCGACCCGGACCUUAUCAACAAAUCCCAGAACUGGUAUCGCAUGGCGGUCUACUACAUGCUGCGCUUUGUGGAGAAUGCUUCACUGCUUCUGCUGUGGUAUAUCUUCAGAACAGACGUUUACGAUGAUAUCUGUGCUCCUCUGCUGGUGCUGCAGCUGCUGGUAGCUUAUACCAUUGGGAUCUUCUUCAUGCUGGUAUUUUACCAGUUCUGCCAUCCUUGCAGAAGACUCUUCUCCUCCAGUAUGCGCCAGGGUCUCUGGGACUGCUCCUUACUGCUCUGCUUCAUGUGUGACUCCGCCCCAUCUCCCAUCAGCACCACAGGCAAAGCUGCACUACAGCCGCCCAGCCCCUACAGCAAGGACCCACUCAGUGACCAGGUCAGCGACUCAGAUGACCACAUGCCCAACGAUACAAUACAUGAAAUUCUCAAUGAGACUGUAUGUGACAGUCCUAAUGAGGUGUCCACAGACGUCAACGGCACACUGGCCACAGACAACCCUCCGAUGCCUGAUUCGUUUGGAUAA